AUGUUUGUGUUUCAAGGAGAGAGACUAGAGAAACGUUCCAACAUGGAGGGGACACAGGGCCUCCUGGCCAUCUUCACCAUAGCAGCAUGUUUUCUAGUCAACGGAGCACAAAAAACAGGUAAGCAUGUUUGUCUCCUGACAUCUGAAUCAGUCCAGAAUGCAGAACACAGUCCAGAAUGGCAUAAACAGAGAAGCGUUGAAGAAAUACCACACAAAUACAAAAUUACGACCAACUCGUUGGGGGUUUAGACUGUUGAGCAGUUAUAAGAAAUGUGUUUUUAUAAAAGCACUGUACAAAUAAUAUUUGAUUAAUCGAUUGAUUGAUUGAUUAAUUGCAUUCAUUGCAUUCUUGUGGUUUAGACAUGUGUAAGAAAUUCCAUUGGCUGACGACUGUUCUCUUCCUCUCCCAGUCUGCAAGGAAGAGGCCGUGGCAGACAUCGUCUUCCUGGUGGACGGCUCAUGGAGCGUUGGCUCAGAGAACUUCAAGCAGAUCCGCCAGUUUUUGUACACGCUGGUCAACAGCUUUGACGUGGCCCCCGACCAGGUGCGCAUCGGUCUGGUCCAGUACAGCAACACGGUGCGCACCGAGUUCCUCCUUAACACCUUCCAGGACAAACAGGACAUACUGCAGUACAUCAACAACCUGCCUUAUAUGGGUGGUGAAACCAAGACGGGCCUGGGCCUGGACUUCCUGCUGAACGAGCUCUUUGUUGACCGAGCCGGGAGCCGAGUGAACGAGAACGUGCCCCAGAUCGCCGUGGUGAUCACUGACGGCAAAUCGCUGGACAAAGUGGGGCUGCAUGCCCUUAAGCUGAAGAAGCGGGGCGUCACACUGUACGCCAUCGGGAUCAAAGAAGCAGACGAAGAUCAGCUGAAGGAGAUCGCCACUACGCCUCACGACCAGCACGUGUACAGCGUGUCGGACUUUGCCGCGCUGCAGGGGAUCUCCCAGAUCCUCGUCCAGAUGCUGUGUACUACCAUAGAUGAGGCAAAGAGACCGAUCUCCCAAGUGGUCCAAGGUACUAUAACAGUGUAUUCAUUGUUUAAAUUUGAAAAAUAUUCUUUAUAAAUAAAUUACAUUAAGUAUUAUUUUCCUUCGUCUCCAGAGUGCCGCAGUGCCACAGUGGCUGACAUUGUGUUCCUUGUGGAUGGCUCCACCAGCAUCAGCCCUACAAAUUUCCAGGAGGUUCGGAGGUUUCUCCACAGCUUCAUCGAGGGGCUGGAUAUCGGAGCGGACAAGGUUCGCGUAGGACUGGCCCAGUUCAGUAACGAGAUCCAGAAGCAAUUCCAUUUGGGUGAACAUACGGACAAAAGGGCCCUACUGGAACAAGUGGACAGGCUUCCACAGCUCGGGGGAGGCACAGACACCGGCAAAGCCAUUACCGUCCUUCGGGAAGAGUUUUUCACCACGGCCAAAGGGAGCCGCGCUGAUCAGAGGGUGCCUCAGAUUGCUGUGGUGCUCACCGACGGGGAGUCUGGGGACGACGUAGUGCCGCCAGCCAAGGCGCUAAGGCAGCAUGGGGUCAUUGUGUUUGCUAUUGGAGUGGGGGCAGCCAACAUCACCGAGCUGAAGGCUAUCGCUAACAGGCCCCACGAGCAUUUCCUGGUCAGCGUUGAACGUUUCCAGGCCCUACAGACACUUUCUCAGGGUCUGCUGCAGACUGUCUGUGUCUCCAUGGAGAACCAGAGGAUGGGUAAGAUACUUUUAUAAGGUAACAUACUGUAUGUUGUAACAAAUGGUGAAUGUUGGACCUGCAAAGUGUCUAAUCCAAGAGACUUGCUAUAGUUGUACCUGUUCUAAACAAAAGUAUUCAACCUUGAGAGGCAGACAUUGUCUACUGCCACUUGUGCCAACAUAAAAGUCAAUAUUAAAGGACCACUUCUAAAAAUGAAAAUUAAAUAUGGCAUACAUUCACACUGCUGUCAUAACAAUUAUUAUUUCCUUUAUUUUAAUAUGUUUUCAGCUCUGAUCCCAAAGUUCUCUGAUGUCUUCUUCCUGGUGGACAGCAAUAUGAUGCAGGCAGACUUCCAGCAGGUCAGAACCCUUCUGAUGCGAUUGGUCAACCAACUCAACCCGAGCAGUAAAACCACGCGCCUGGGUCUGGCCCAGUUUGCCCAGGACACCAAGGUGGAGUUCUUACUGAACACCCACAACACCAAGGAAGAGUACAUGGCGGCGUUCAAGAAAUUCAGGCUGCCGCUGCGCCCCAACAGGUCUCGUUACUUGGGCGAUGCCCUGGAAUACGCCCGCACACACUUCUUCACCACAGCGUCUGGUGGCCGUAACGAACAAGGCUACCGGCAGUUUCUAGUCACAGUGACAGGGGGGGAUUCGAAGGAUAACGUGAUGAAGGUGGCACGCACUAUCAAAUCUGAAGGGACAACCAUUGUGUCCAUCGGGUUGGGUGAAUCUACACUUCCAGACCUACAAGUAAUGGCCACCUCGCCAUUCUUUUACCAAACUACAUCCAUUGCCUCCGUGCUAAAGACUGUCUUUGAGACUGAAGAGGAGGUGGUCACUGUGACCGAUGGUAAGGGCAUUUCAUUUGGGGAUUUGUGGUGAAUUAAGUGAAUAUCUGAUCUCCUGUGAAAUAAUUGCUCAUGCAUAAAGGAUAAGAGCUGUUGACUAACAAUUUCCUCUCUAUUGCAGAUUGCAGUGAAGCUUCGCUGGCUGACAUUGUGUUUAUAGUUGAUGAAUCUUCGAGCAUUGGAACUGCAAACUUCCAGCUGGUUCGUGGAUUCAUCCACAAGAUAGUGGACGGCCUGGAAGUGAACUUCAACAGGGUGAGGGUGGGCAUCGUCCUCUACAGCAACAAGGCCUCGGCUCAGGUCUACCUCAACUCCUUCCAAGAAAAAAGUAAUAUCCUUCAGUACAUCAAGAUCUUGCCCUACCGUCGCGGUCUCACGUACACUGGCGAGGCCCUGGAGUAUGCCAGGGAGAAGAUGUUUAUCAAGGAGAGGGGCAGUCGGAUAGAACAGGGGGUGCAGCAGGUUGCGAUUGUCAUCACAGACGGAAAGUCCCAGGACAACGUAACUUCUCAUGCUGCUGCACUGCGCCGAGCUGGCAUCACUGUCUACGCAGUGGGGAUCAAGGAUGCUGACGAGAACGAGCUGAGACAGAUCGCUUCAGAUCCCCCUAACAAGCACGUAUUAAAUGUGGACAGCUUUGCCAAGCUCAAGACCCUGGAGAAGAGCCUAAAGAGGAGUGUGUGCUACAACAUCCUCAAAAAAGCAGUCAAAGACAACGCAAGGACAUACACUGCCAAGCAAAGUGAGAUCAAAAUGACUCCACCAAUGCUUCUUGUUGUUUAAUUUCAAAUCAAAUCAAAUCAAAUUUUAUUGGCCACAUGCGCCGAAUACAACAGGUGCAGACAUUACAGUGAAAUGCUUACUUACAGCCCUUAACCAACAGUGCAUUUAUUUUUAAUAAAAAUGUAAAAUAAAACAACAACAAAAAAGUGUUGAGAAAAAAAAGAGCAGAAGUCAAAUAAAAUAACAGUAGGGAGGCUAUAUAUACAGGGGGGUACCGGUGCAGAGUCAAUGUGCGGGGGCACCGGCUAGUUGAGGUAGUUGAAGUAAUAUGUACAUGUGGGUAGAGUUAAAGUGACUAUGCAUAAAUAAUUAACAGAGUAGCAGCAGCGUAAAAAGAUGGGGUGGGGGGGGGGGCAGUGCAAAUAGUCUGGGAAGCCAUGAUUAGCUGUUCAGGAGUCUUAUGGCUUGGGGGUAGAAGCUGUUGAGAAGUCUUUUGGACCUAGACUUGGCACUCCGGUACCGCUUGCCGUGCGGUAGCAGAGAGAACAGUCUAUGACUAUGGUGGCUGGAGUCUUUGACAAUUUUGAGGGCCUUCCUCUGACACCGCCUGGUAUAGAGGUCCUGGAUGGCAGGAAGCUUGGCCCCAGUGAUGUACUGGGCCAUACGCACUACCCUCUGUAGUGCCUUGCGGUCGGAGGCCAAGCAGUUGCCAUACCAGGCGAUGAUGCAACCAGUCAGGAUGCUCUCGAUGGUGCAGCUGUAUAAUUUUUUGAGGAUCUGAGGACCCAUGCCAAAUCUUUUCAGUCUCCUGAGGGGGAAUAGGCUUUGUCGUGCCCUCUUCACGACUGUCUUGGUGUGUUUGGACCAUGAUAGUUCGUUGGUGAUGUGGACACCAAGGAACUUGAAGCUCUCAACCUGUUCCACUACAGCCCCGUCGAUGAGAAUGGGGGCAUGCUCAGUCCUCUUUUUUUUCCUGUAGUCCACAAUCAUCUCCUUUGUCUUGGUCACGUUGAGGGAGAGGUUGUUAUCCUGGCACCACACGGCCAGGUCUCUGACCUCCUCCCUAUAGGCUGUCUCAUCAUUGUCGGUGAUCAGGCCUACCACUGUUGUGUCGUCGGCAAACUUAAUGAUGGUGUUGGAGUCGUGCCUGGCCAUGCAGUCAUGGGUGAACAGGGAGUACAGGAGGGGACUGAGCACGCACCCCUGAGGGGCCCCCGUGUUGAGGAUCAGUGUGGCAGAUGUGUUGUUACCUACCCUUACCACCUGGGGGCGGCCCGUCAGGAAGUCCAGGAUCCAGUUGCAGAGGGAGGUGUUUAGUCCCAGGAUCCUUAGCAUAGUGAUGAGCUUUGAGGGCACUAUGGUGUUGAAUGCUGAGCUGUAGUCAAUGAAUAGCAUUAUCACGUAGGUGUUCCUCUUGUUCAGGUGGGAAAGGGCAGUGUGGAGUGCAAUAGAGAUUGCAUCAUCUGUGGAUCUGUUGGGGCGGUAUGCAAAUUGGAGUGGGGUCUAGGGUUUCUGGGAUAAUGGUGUUGAUGUGAGCCAUGACCAGCUUUUCAAAGCACUUCAUGGCUACAGACGUCAGAGCUACGGGUCGGUAGUCAUUUAGGCAGGUUAUCUUAGUGUCCUUGGGCACGGGGACUAUGGUGGUCUGCUUGAAACAUGUUGGUAUUACAGACUCAGUCAGGGAAAAUGUCAGUGAAGACACUUGCCAGUUGGUCAGCACAUGCUCAGAGUACACGUCCUGGUAAUCCGUCUGGCCCUGCGGACUUGUGAAUGUUGACCUGCUUAAAAGUCUUACUCACAUCGGCUACGGAGAGCGUGAUCACAUAGUCAUCCGGAAUAGCUGGUGCUCUCAUGCAUGCUUCAGUGUUGCUUGCCUCGAAGCGAGCAUAGAAGUGGUUUAGCUCGUCUGGUAGGCUUGUGUCACUGGGAAGCUUGCGGCUGUGCUUCCCUUUGUAGUCUGUAAUAGUUUUCAAGCCCUGCCACAUCCGACGAGCGUCAGAGCCGGUGUAGUACGAUUCAAUCUUAGUCCUGUAUUGACUCUUUGCCUGUUUGAUGGUUCGUCGGAGGGCAUAGCGGGAUUUCUUAUAAGCGUCCGGGUUAGAGUCCCGCUCCUUGAAAGCGGCAGCUCUACCCUUUAGCUCAGUGCGGAUGUUUCCUGUAAUCCAUGGCUUCUGGUUGGGGUAUGUAUGUACGGUCACUGUGGGGACGACAUCAUCGAUGCACUUAUUGAUGAAGCCAGUGACUGAUGUGGUGUACUCCUCAAUGCUUUCUGAAGAAUCCCAGAACAUGUUCCAGUCUGUGCUAGCAAAACAGUCCUGUAGCAUAGCAUCUGCGUCAUCUGACCACUUUUUUAUUAACCGAGUCACUGGUGCUUCCUGCUUUAGUUUUUGCUUAUAAGCAGGAAUCAGGAGGAUAGAGUUAUGGUCAGAUUUGCCAAAUGGAGGGCGAGGGAGAGCUUUGUAUGCGUCUCUGUGUGUGGAGUAAAGGUGGUCUAGAGUUUUUUUUCCUCUGGUUGCACAUUUAACAUGCUGGUAGAAAUUAGGUAGAACAGAUUUAAGUUUCCCUGCAUUAAAGUCCCCGGCCACUAGGAGCGCUGCCUCUGGAUGAGCGUUUUCCUGUUGACUUAUGGCCUUAUACAGCUCAUUCAGUGCAAUCUUAAUGCCAACAUUGGUUUGUGUUGGUAAAUAGAUGGCUAUGAAAAACAGGAAAAACACACAUAAUAGUACAAUUGGUUAGAGGGCUGUAAAACGGCAGCCAUCUUCUCCGGCGCCAUUUGUAGAGGAAUGUAGAUAAAGAUGCGGUGUACGAGAUGACACCAGUGUUUUCUUUUCUCUUUCGAUUCUAGGCUGUUUGCAGACAGACGAAGCAGACAUCUUCUUCCUGAUCGACCACUCUGGAAGUAUUAAAGUUCAAGACUUUGCUGACAUGAAGAAGUUUAUUAACGAAUUCAUACCCACAUUCCACAUUGGGCAGCAUCAUGUCCGCAUGGGUGUGGUAAAGUACUCUAAUGAACCAGAUCUUGAGUUUGACUUGACAACCUACCUUGACCAACUUUCAGUGAAGAAUGCAGUGAAUGGUAUCAACCAACUUGGAGGCGGGACAAGGACCGGAUUAGCGCUGACCUCUAUGGGUCCCUACUUUGAUCGGGCUAAGGUCACCCGUAGUCACAAGGUCCGCGAGUACCUCAUUGUCAUCACGGACGGGGAGUCUCAAGACAACGUGAAGGAUGAAGCAGCAAAGCUGAGGGCGCAGGGCAUCACCAUAUAUGCAAUUGGGGUGAAUCAAGCCAACGAUACACAGCUGCUGGAGAUUGCUGGCAGCCAAGAGAAGAAGUUCUUUGUCAACAGCUUUGACGCACUGAAACCAAUAAAAAAUGAAAUCAUCACAGAUAUCUGCUCCCCUGAUAGUAAGGCAAUCUCUAAUGUUUUUAAGUGUUGCAUCUUCUUUUCUGAUUUCAGUAAAAAUAUGAAACACCUCAUCUCUUGCCAGGGAUUGAUUAUGAGCACACACUGAGUUAUAACAUCAGCAAAAUUACUAUUUGUUCUCUUUUCACAGUUUGCAAGGACAUGCAGGGGGAUGUCCUCUUCUUGAUCGACAGCUCAGGGAGCAUCAACAACGAAGACUUCCAGAAGAUGAAGCUCUUCAUGCAAUCCAUCAUCAACAAAUCUGUGAUAGGCCUGGAUAAAGUGCGCGUGGGCAUCAUACAGUUCAGCAUCAACCAACAAGUGAUCUUCCCUCUCAACGAGCACAAUGAUAAGGAAGGCAUGUUGCAGGGUGUACAAACAAUGCAACAGUUAGGCGGGGGCACACACACCGGCGAAGCCCUGUCCUACACCUCGCAGUUCUUUGACCCACCGAAAGGGGGGCGCACUAACGUGAAGCAGUUCCUGAUUAUCGUAACCGAUGGUGAGGCGCAGGAUGAGGUAAAGGCUCCUGCCGAGAAACUUCAAGACAAGGGUGUGAUCAUCUACGCCAUUGGGGUGGUCAAUGCCAACAAUACACAGCUGCUGGAGAUCAGUGGCGCACAGGAGAGAGUCUACUCCGAGAGGGACUUUGAUGCACUCAAGGCUUUGGAGAGGCAACUGGCAUUGGCAAUCUGUGAUCCGGAGAGAGGUGAGUGCCACUUGGUUCACGAAACAUUACUUAAAAGCAGCAAUGUGUUCGCAUUUCUUAGAUUUUGACAUUGAUAUUUUCCUCCAUCUCUUCUUCUCUUCCACCAGAGUGUGUGAGGACGGAGAUCGCAGACAUUAUUUUCUUGGUGGACGGCUCCACCAGCAUCAGCACAGAGAAUUUUGCCAUCAUGAAAAACUUCAUGAUGUCCGUGGUCAAUGAAACCUCUGUUGGGGAGAAGCAGACACGCUAUGGUCUGAUUGUCUUUUCAGAUGACCCCAAGUCUAUAUUCACGCUCAACGAAUACAAAUCUAAGAGAGACGUCAAUAGUGCCAUCACAAAGCUUAUAGAGCCCAGUGGAGACACCUACACUGGCAAGGCUCUCAAGUAUUCCUUGGGUUAUUUUGGUGCACAGUACGGCGGGCGAAAGGCCCUAAAUGUCCCCCAGUGGCUGAUGGUGAUCACAGACGGUGAGGCUACUGACCCCAAUGACCUAGCUGGGCCAGCCAAGGAGCUACGGGACAAUAGGAUCAUAGUCUAUAGCAUCGGUGUGGUUGGAGCAAAUAAGACAAGAGCUUGAGCUCAUGGCAGGGGACACGAAUAAGGUUUUCUUUGUGGAUGACUUCCAUAAACUAGACACACUGCACAAAAAUAUUUCCAUUGAAUUCUGCAACACCAGCAAACCAGGUAAGGCAGAAUGCAACUGUAAAAAUAUCUAAACUGAAAGCAUAAAGCCUGUUGAAAUUAGAUGGUUCAAUAUGAUCUGACGUCUUCUCUUCUCCUCUUAGUCUGUGAAAAAACGCAGGGGGAUCUGGUCUUGUUGAUUGACAGCUCAGGGAGCAUCAGCACCACCGACUUCACUAUCAUGAAGAAGUUUGCCUCAGACCUUGUUUCCAGCUUCAACAUUUCAGAGCAGUCGUUCCGGGUGGGAGUCGCCCAGUUCAGCAGUGAUCCGAAAAAGGAGUUCUUCUUGAAUGAGUAUUACACAGAAGCAGAGGUGAACAACCAGAUAAACAAGAUGAGUCAGAUUAAUUACACGACGAACAUUGGAAAGGCCCUGGACUACGUCCGUACGGAGUACUUCCAACCAGCUAGAGGGAGCCGUAUCAAUGCCAAGGUCUCUCAGAACCUGGUUGUGAUCACGGACGGACGUUCAGAUGAUGUUGUUGUGCAUGCAGCAGAGGAACUCAGAGUCAUGAACAUUGAGGUGUUUGCCAUCGGUAUAGGGAAAGAUCACAAGCCUGUUGAGCUCGGGCAAAUCACUCUCAAUCCGGAAAGGGUCUUCUCUGUGCAGAACUUUGCCAGCCUGGACAAGAUCAAGAAGAAGGUGGUGGAUACUAUAUGCUCCUCCAGUGUACAAAAAACUGAUCCGAGUGAGUUAACAGUAUGCCCGUUUUCUUUCCUUUCACUCCCUUCCUCUCUUUUCUCUAUCUGUCUCUAUCUGUCUCUCCUGGCUCAAUGUAAAACCCUCAUCAAAGAAUGCUUAUUAGUGUUUGAAAAACAGGCUAUUUUACAUUGUCUCUCAUAUUAUCCUUGAGUAAACCUCACACAUAAAACUUUUGGACUUGUUAAAGGGGUUCAUUUGGAUGACAAGUAAUAAUGAGUGUGUCUGUGUCCAAUAGGCUGCACCAUAGACAUCGCCAUGGGGUUCGAUAUUACACGCAGGGCCACCGCCCAGCGGCUCUUCGAUGGCCAAGCCCAGCUACAGAACUUCCUGCCACAGAUCAUCCGCUAUGUGUCCAGCCUGAAGGGCCUGUGCUGCGUGGCGGGAGACGGUCCCAUUCAGACUAACAUUGGCUUCCGUGUGGUGGAGCAGAACGGAAAGGUUCUCUACGACUUCGCAUUCGAGAAGUACGACGAGAAGAUCGUGGAGAAGGUUAUGGCCCUGCAGACCUCCCAGACGACAUACUUCAACUCCUUCCUCCUGCGCUCCUUCCGCGAUAAGUUCCAGAAUUCCAAUGCUGGUGUGAAGGUGGGCCCAAACACUACAUGUCUCCUGUGUGGUUGAUCCCAGGCUCCAAAAGUUAAUUUCUUAAUAUCUUUUGUUGGUUAUAUCACAUUGUAAUAACAAUGUCACAACAACUUUGUCCUUUAGGUGCUGGUGAUCUUCUCAGACGGACUCGAUGAUGAUGUGAUGAAACUUGAACAAGAGUCGGAACUUCUCCGCACUAAAGGUUAAAGAACCAGGGGCAACCCACAGAAAGUGAAACAUUUAAGAAAAUUCAUGAGACAAAAAUGAACAUUAAAAUCAGUUAUUUUAUCUCUGUCUUCCAUAUCACAUUUCAGGAAAAGGUAUCAACGCCCUGCUUACAGUCGCCUUAGAAGGGGUCCAAAAUGCCAACCUUCUUCAGAUGGUGGAGUUUGGGCGAGGAUUUGGCUACAAGCAGCCACUCAACAUAGGCAUGCACAAUGUGGGAAACACCCUGUUGACACAAAUAGUAAGUUCAUCAUUUUGUGACAACAGAAUCAGAACAACCCUUUUAGUUGUGUCUCCCUGUGUUCUAGUAAUACUGUAUGUCACUUAGACUGGCUAAGACUCUUUGGGCUGACAUGUAAGUCCUUUAUGUCUCUAUCUACAGUAAUUCUAUUUCCAGUCAUAUCCCCAGCCUUAGGGAUAGAAAAGUAUUUCUGAUAUGUCUGAGUAUUUUGGGUCAUACUGUACAAUGACAAAUGUUUGGUUUAGAAAAGGGGAUUAAGUGAUGUUGUUGAAGGAUGUCAGGAUGUCAGAAAUGACAGAAAUGAAUUGUGUUCCUGUUUCAGCAUGUCAGGAUGGAAGUAUCAAAACUAGAACUCUGCGAUCAUGGGAAAUGGGACAUAGAACCCCAUGAAAUAGAGUUGUCACUUAGCAACAGAAGCCACUGGAGACAGGCAAAACAGAGCAGUGACAUUAGUGGUAGUUUUUAGAUUGGCUUUUGAGAUGAGUGCCUCCAAAGGUGUCUCCAAUUAUGAGGGUAUGUCAACAAAUGACAUAUUGGAUUUCAUAACACGUCUUAUUCUCUCUCUUUCUCUCCCCCUCUUUCUGCCCCCAGGACACAGUGGCUGAGAGGGAGUGCUGUAAUGUGAUGUGUAAGUGCACCGGACAUGAAGGUAUCCGUGGCAACAGAGGAGGCCCAGGCACAAAGGUGAGGCCCUCUGAGCCUUCUUUAAAAAAUGAUACAGUGUUUUAGAUGUGACGUGACACAGUAAGUGAACACUGUUGAUAUACUGUAAAGAAGAUGUGGGUGUAUGUACUUCCUCAGUCCUCCCUUUGCCAGUUUCAGUUUCCUUAUUUGCUCUUCGUUUCUCUCCUAACAGAGUCAGCCAGGACCAAAAGGACACCCUGGCUUCCCUGGCGAGGAGGGGGGAAUUGUAAGUGUGUGUUUUCAGGGAGGGAAGAAUAAUUGUCAGUGUGUUAUUCAGACAUCUGACAAAUCAAAACAUAUGAGUUGUGGAUGGUGGGCAAGGUCUACAAGUCAGUUUAAUAACAUGUGACCUUUGACCUUUAAACCAAUGACCCUUGUCCUCGCUCUCUGAUUCCCCACAGGGCGAGAGAGGUCCACCAGGUCCCACUGGCCCACAGGGACUACAGGGCUGUCCUGGGAGGAGAGGCCUCAAGGUGAGCAGAUGGACUACUGACCAACCAAAAAUCUAUGUUUAUAGACUGUCAGGUCUGGAAUGUUUCCCAUUGGAUGUCUUCCCAACAUCUGCUUUUAGAUCACAGAUUACCAUGACCCGAGGGCAGUUACCUGUCCAAGAUAAUCCCAUCUAAUCUGAACCAUAACACAGGGCAGUUACCUGUCUAAAAUAAUCCCACCUAAUCUGAUCUCUGAACCAUGACACGGGGCAGCUACCUGUCCAAGAUAAUCCCAUCUAAUUUGAUCUCUGAACCAUGACACGGGGCAGUUACCUGUCCAAGAUAAUUCCAUCUAAUCUGAUCUCUGAACCAUGACGCGGGGCAGUUACAUAUCUAAAAUAAUACCAUCUAAUCUGAUCUCUGAACCAUGAUGCGGGGGAGUUACCUGUCUAAAAUAAUCCCAUCUAAUCUGAUCUCUGACUCUGCUUUUUUACAGGGCUCAAGAGGCUACAGAGGGAACAGGGUAAGUGUAUGAGGCUGUUGAUACCACAUUCACACAGCUAAAUGUAGUGUACAGUAUAAACCUUUCUAGCUGCAGUUUACUAGGUAUUUUGUCUUUACCGAUGGAAAACCAGGUUCACCAUGGUGCUUUUUUUUUCAUUGUGUGGAUGUAAGUGUUUGCUGUUGCUGAGUGUGUUCUGAAUCAGUGUGCACAUUACCAUGGCAGGGUGAUGAUGGAGACCAUGGUCUUGAUGGGGUUGAUGGUGAACAGGGUCUGAUUGGAACAGCUGGAGCUGCAGGAGAGAGAGGAAACCCAGGAAGCCCAGUAAACACAUCCUCUCAUAUAUUUCACCAAUAUACUACUCCUAUGUCACGAAUAUACUGCUCCUAUGUCACUGAUAUACUACUCCUAUGUCACCAAUAUACUACUCCUAUGUCACUGAUAUACUACUCCUAUGUCACCAAUAUACUACUCCUAUGUCACUGAUAUACUACUCCUAUGUCACCAAUAUACUACUCCUAUGUCAAUGAUAUACUACUCCUAUGUCACCGAUAUACUACUCCUAUGUCAGCAAUAUACUACUCCUAUGUCACUAAUAUCAUUCUCCUAUGUCACCAAUAUCCUACUCUUCCUCGAUUCUCUUCUCUAAUGUCUAACCUUUUGAUGGUGGGUUCUCUUGCAGGGCAACAGCGGCCUCCUAGGAGAGCCAGGAGUGAAGGGGCAGCGUGGACUUAGAGGUGACCCUGUAAGUUACAUAAAACAUGGACCCCAUUUAACAGUGCAAAUGAUUUAAGAUGGUUUAGGGCUUAGAGCCUGCUUGUUUUAAGUUUUUCCUUUCAAUUAAGACCAGGUGAGGGGAGUUUGUUUUACUAAUCAGUGACCUUAAUUCAUCAAUCAAGUACAAGGGAGGAGCGAAAACCCGCAGACACUCGGAAUGAGUUUGGAAUGAGUUUGGAAUGAGUUUGCCACGUGGUUUAGACUAACGAAUGCAGUGUUUCUAUAUCUUGUUUUCUAACUGCUACUUAAGGUUAGUCUCUGGUCUUUUAGGGAGACUCUGGCGUGGACAGCAUUGUCGCGGGUCCCAAAGGAGGAAGGGGAAACACAGGGUUACCGGUAUGUAGCAUGUAGUUGGUAUGUAGCAUGUAGUUGGUAUGAAGCAUGUAGUUGGUAUGUAGCAUGUAGUUGGCAUGUAGUUGGCCACUGUCAAUGUACUGAUCUAAGAAUCAGAAUCACUUAUUCACCAAGUUCAUUUGCAUGUACCAGAUCAGUUUAACUGUCUCUUUCUAGUGAGUAAAGCAGGAUUAUUCACUUACCAUCCCGGAGGGUGAUAACACUGCUGUUAUUCACAUCCUCUCUCUCCCUCAAACACACUCCCUUUCUCUCUCAUCUUCCAUUCCACACUGACAGGGAGACCCAGGAGAAGAGGGCCGUCGAGCAGAAAGUGGAAUCGUUGGAAACCCAGUGAGCCAAGUUUCAUUUCUGCUAAGCUGUCCUUGUCCUGUUACACUGAUGUUGUCUCACAUUUUUGGUCAAUUGUCACGUGAUGAUUAUGUCCCAUCUUCUGCUUUGUAGGGCCCUCAAGGAAGAAGAGGUCUACCUGGUCCAAAGGUACAGUAGGCAGCAUUAUCAACAAAGCUACUUCAUGAAUAACAGUCCCUAGGAUUACUAUCUAUCUAUAUUUAUGUCCCCAUUUGUAUGUUCUUUGUGUGUGUGUGUGUGUGUCCAGGGAACACCAGGUGAUCCAGGAGAUGUAGGACUCCCAGGAAUUCCUGGCCCUUCUGGACCACAGGUAAGUAAUAUAUACCCAUUCCCCUCAUCCACAACUCCACAGUAAUACUACUACUGAUGCACUUCUGUAGCAUUUGAAACUGUCCUCCCAGUAUCACAGAUACAGUUGCUGAACAUGUUUCUCUCCUGUGUGCAUAGGGUAUAAGAGGAGACUUGGGCCAGCCCGGACCCAGGGGCCUGCAGGGUUUACCUGGACCUCAGGUCAGUUUUCCUACCGUUCUACUUCCAUUCCAUCUGACCACAUUGAAGAUGCCUGAUACGUAGAUCCUACUGUUAUGCGAUGUUGACAUGUAAUGAUGGCGUAUGAAUGGCUUUUCCCUCAGGGGACACCUGGAACUAUUGGUGGUAAAGGAUCCAUAGGAAGGCGAGGGAUGAAUGGACAGAAGGUGCGUUGCCUUUGACCUUUGUAAAUACAGUUUACAAUACAAAACAUUAGCCAUCUUGGUAGGACAAUUUGUUACCAGAGCUGCAGUGCAACUGAAACUUACUAUAUAUAGACACAAAAGAAUUAUACAUAAAAAAAAUGCCUGUAAAAUAAUGUUUUAUAGCCCUUCUUCCAACCCAAUGCUGUGUGGUUUCCUCACAGGGCCAACCUGGGGACCCCGGAGACAAAGGAGCCCUUGGAACACUUGGGCCCAGAGGGAUGCCGGUAAGGUGUUGCCUUGUCAUUACACACUUUACCUGCACGCACACAUACACGCAUAUACACACUGUAAGACUGUGGUGUGUUUGUAAGGUCAUGUAAGAAUGGGACGUGAUGGUGUGUUUCCUUUGAUAAAGGGUCUUGAUGGCAGUGAUGGUCAUGGACCUCCCGGGCCCCAGGGAAUGAAGGUAAGGUACACUUACUCAGUACUCAGAUCAACAGCAGCUGUCAGUAGACAUAAUAGUAGUUGAUGAGUGCAUUGUUUCCACUUUGGAGCAAUUGGAAAAGUUUGUAAAUGUACUUUGUAGAUUAUAAAAUAAAAUGUAUAUUUUCAUCCAAAUGAAGGUCGACGACCGAAAGCUUAGCUACAUGAAAUACAUUUGCAUCUGACUGGAAGUCUGCAGAGACUUUUUCCUAUUUCUCUAGUUUUUCCUUUUUCCUCCAGCACCUUCACUAAUCAGAUCUGGUUCUGAGGUAGAUUCUGCCUAUUGUCUUUUCAUCCAAAUGAAAGGAUUUUAAUAUACAGUAGAUUUGUAUUACAGACAUGUUUGAUGGACACUAAUAAAUCAUUCCUUGUGAAUUGUGUUUACUUUAAAGGGAGAGCCUGGUUUCCAUGGUUACCCUGGAUUACAGGUCAGUUAUUGAUUUAAAAUCUCCACUUUCAGAAUGAAUAAGAGAACCAGGCUGGAAUUCAGUCAUGACACAUUGCAUUCUGAAGCUCACAAAAAGUAAACAACACCUUUUUUCCUGUUUGUCGUCUUCAGGGUGAAAAUGGUGAUUUUGGAGUCAAAGGAGGUCCAGGCCCCAAAGGAAACCAAGGCAGAGCGGUGAGACACACACUAUUGCUAGAAGACCCAAGAGCGCCCUGUUUCACAUGCAUUGCUGCAAUUGUUCAGCCAAUACGGCUACGUUUUUAGUGCCCAGAACAGUCACACUUUAUUUGGAUAGUCCCAGUGUACAAAACAUUAAGGACACCUGCUCUUUCCAUGACGUAGACUGACCAGGUGAAUCCAGGUGAAAGCUAUGAUCCCUUAUUGAUGUCACUUGUUAAAUCACCUUCAAUCAGUGUAGAUGAAAGGGAGGAGAAUUGAGGGUGUUCUAAUGGCAAAAUGGUGGGGGUGCAACUCAAUAUUAGCAAGGUGUCCUUAAUGUUUUGUACACUCAGUGUAAAUGCUCUACAGAUGGUCCUACUAUCAACAAACUAUAUGUUGAUAACCAACUGCUUGCUAAGGUUACAGUUAGGGUAAGGGUUAGGUUUAGAAUAAGGGUUAGGGUAAGGGUUAAGGCUAGGGUUAGUGGAUAGUUAGUUGAUUUGUUGUUGACAGUUAUUGAAUAUCUACAAACCAUCUACAAACUACCUUCUUGGGACUAACCAAAUAAAGUAUCACCCCCAGAACUGUAUAUACUCACACAUAUGUACUCUUUGACCCAAGAACAGAGAUUCUAACACCACUGCUUAGAUUCUGAGGGGUUAUACUUCAAACCUUGUGAUUUUCACUUGGGCCACAGGUACUUGUAUGUGUUGACAUGUAUAAAAUCUUCUGUUAAAAUGGCCAUAUGUUACGAUGUGAUUGAACCAGGGGAACUCGGGCAGAUCGGGUGAGUCAGGAGACCCCGGAUCCAUUGGACCACUGGGACACACUGUUAGUAUAUCAUUUGCGUUUUUUGAUCUUUAAAAAGCACUUUACAAAUCCCAUGUAUUCUUUUUUUGUAAUUAUUAUUAUUUGUUUCAAAAGAAUAAUAAUAGUAGUUCUAGUAUUGGUUGUUAUUCCAGUAAAAGUAUUGGUAAGAUAUUCACUGUUUACAUGUGGAUUUAUGACUAAUUCUCUAUUUCUAUUUAGGGCCCUAGAGGCAGACCAGGAGAGAGCGCAAUGUCUGUAUGUGCAUUCUGUCUGAUCUAAAGAUGUAACUAUAUCUUUUUUAUAUAGAGAAUCUUGAGAGCUAUUUAACAUGUUAUUUUAUUUGUCUCCCUAGGAAUGCCAGCUGACCACCUAUAUCCGUGACAACUGUGGUAAGCCCUUGGUAUUCAGUAUGAAAAUGUAUGCGCUCGCUAACUGUAAGUCGCUCUGGAUAAGAGCGUUUGCUAAAUGACUCAAAUGUAAAUGUAUUCCUACUCUAUAUUUUUUGUAAGAAAAAUAUCAGCUGUGUCAAUUGCAUUAUUGCUGCUAAGGUCAUGUUUUCAUAAGCAAAGAUGAAUUAAUUGCUAAUUUUGUCUCUAAACGAUUAUAUUUUUUCCCCCCAAACAGCAUGCUCUCAAGGUAUGUCUCCAUUAACCCUUUAUCGUCCAAGUAAAUGUAUGUACCUGACUUAUUGCACAUUGACUGUAGAUUCUGGUGUAAUCAAACCAGAACUCUUGGCAAAGUGAUGUUAUGAAUGGUUGUCAUUCAAAAUAGUUGUUUUUCAUCUCCCUACCACUGCCCCCUCACCCCCUCUCUCUGUCCCUCUUUCCCCUUCUCUCUCCUUCUCUCUCUCUGUACCUCUCUCCCUCCCUUUCUCUCUCUUACCCAGGCCAGGCAGCAUGCCCAGCCUACCCCACAGAGCUGGUCUUUGCUCUGGAUAUGUCACAGGAUGUGCAGCCUGCCGCGUUCGAGAGGAUGCGCUCAGCUCUCCUCUCCCUAUUGGACGAUGUUGCCAUCGCCGAGAGCAACUGCCCGACGGGUGCACGUGUUGCCGUGGUAUCCUACAGUGCCAACACCAAGUACCUGAUCCGAUUCCAGGACUUCCAACACAAGUGGGAGUUGUUGGAGGCCAUCCGAAACAUCGCACUGGAACGAACGUCCAACCGGCGCCAUCUUGGGGCGGCCAUGCGCUUCGUGGGGCGCCAUGUCUUCAAGCGGAUCCGUAAAGCGUUGACGAUGAGGAAGGUGGCCGUGUUCUUCACCAACGGGCCCUCUGUGGACAGCGCUGCCAUCGUUACGGCCGCCAUGGAGUUCAAGGCCCUGAACAUCGCUCCUGCUGUCAUCGCCAUGAGGAACGCCCCCGAUGUUCAACGGGCUUUUGAGGUACAAUUACAAACAGAUGCUUUCUGGGAAGGGGUAGUGAACAGGGGCAGUAGAAAGGUUGGUGGAUUGAAAUGCAGCCCAUGUGUGUUUUUGUUUUGUUGUGGCGCAGGCUGAUGACACGGGCAGCUUCAUCCUUGUUCGGCUGGUGGAUAGGUCACAGGACCAAAAUGCUGUGCUGACAAGAAUCAAAGAUUGCGUCAUCUGCUACGGUAAACACACAGGGACAAAAUAUUUCCCUUUGAAUUACUUUAUUCCAGCAGUUGAAGCACAGAAACUUUAGUCUUAUUUGGUGUCGAUGUAUGUCUUGCUCUUAUGGUUAAUUCUGCUGUAGAACCAAUGUUCCCCUUGGGCAUAAAUAAUACUGUUUUCUACUACUACUACUACUACUGCUACUACUGCUACUACUGCUACUACUACUACUACUAUCUCUAAGCUCUGGUUCUGUGUGUCCAUCAGACCACUGUAAACCAGCCCAGGAGUGUGACUUUACUGAUGCUCAGCUGCCCCUGGUGGUGGAUAUGGACCUGACCCUGGUGGUGGACGGUUCAAGGGAGAUCCGGGCCGACCAGUACGCUGGUGUCCAGGAGCUUCUGGGCUCAGUGGUGAAGCAAGUAGCCUGGAGCCCCAAACCCGGCGUCGCUGACGGCCGUGCCAGGGUGGCACUUCUCCAGACCAGUGGCUCUCUGCUCCCCCAGACUUCCCUGACCCAAGCCGUCAAGGUAGAGUUUGACCUGCAGAAGUAUCACAACCACAUCAGUCUAGAGACACACCUGAGGAACAUGCAGCAGCAGGGAGGAGUGUCGUCUCUGGGGCAGACCCUGGAGUACGCUCUGACCGAGGUGUUCCUCAAGGCCACCAGGCCCAGGAAGAGUAGAGUGGUGCUGGCUGUGGUGGGGGCCGAGACAGCCGACUGGGACCAGGCCAAGCUGGCCUACAUUUCCAAGAAGGCCAAGUGUAAGGGCGUUUCCCUGUUUGUGAUCACGGUGGGCGACCAUUACAACAGCACCCAGGUGGAGGAGUUGGCGAGCACGCCGUCAGAGCAGCACCUGCUCCAUCUGUGGCACGUGAAGGAGUGGGAGAGAGGCUACGCACAACGCUUCUUCAGAGCCUUCCUCAGGGUCCUCAGCAGUAAGGAACACUAACAUGCUUCUUCAUCUGGUUGUCUCUUGAGGGAGAGAUAAUUAUGCCAGAACAGAUCAUACAUUUGAACAUGUGUUCUGAUCAAUGAGUUGUUGUUGUGUGUGCUACCGUGUGUCCUAAUGCUCUCACUCCUCCCACACUAUUUCAGAGGGAAUGAACAGCUACCCUCCUGCCCAUCUCAAACUCAAUUGUGAGCUGAUGGUGGGACAGGAACAAGGACAGGAACACGGACACGGACAGGGACAUGGGCACGGACACGGACACGGACAGGGACAUGGACAGGGACAUGGACAGGGACAAGGACAGGAACACGGACAGGGACAUGGACAGGGACAGGGACAAGGACAGGCAGAGUGGGAGGUGGGGACAGAGGAUGAGGAGGAGGACAUGGAUACGAAGCAGGGGGAGUUCCUGGAGCACACAGGUGUAUUUCAGACUCAGACAGCUCUUGACCAGGUUGACCUUAUACAUGCCUUCUCCAGGGGAGAUGGAGCCACUUCACCCCCCCGGCCACAGCCAAACUCAAAUGGUAAUCAGUAACCCCACAGUUAUAACAUAACUUCUAUUUCUCUCUCCCUCACGUGUCCCCUCUUAUCCCACUGCAUGAGUAGUCUCAGUUUGCGACCGCGUGCUGCAUGUCUUCCUUCCCCGUUUACAAACCCGCUUGUUCUGCUUUCAGCCCACUGUAAGUUGGAUGUCGAUAGUGGCACCAACUGCGGGGACUAUGCCCAGUGAUGGCACUUUAACAAAGUGCUCGGUGCAUGCUCACCCUUCUGGUACAGCGGUUGCGACGGUAACGCCAACCGUUUUAGCACGGAAAACGAAUGCUUCGAGAUGUGUGGCACUUACAGUAAGUCACCCCAGCCCUCUACUGCUACCACCUCUACUGAACAUCAUGUGGAUAUCAUAGAUAUAAAGGUCUGUUAGGCACAACCUGAAUUACAAAGGCUGUUGUACUGUUGGUCAAAUGCUGAAGUACAUAAUGCAUUCUGCAUGAGAAGAGGACACUAGUUAUUCCAUUUGCAUUCUCAAAUCAGGAUGCUUUCAGUCAAGAGAAUUCUAAUGAGCUGAACCCCUAACAUUAGCGACUGUAAUAAACCUUGUUUAAGCAGUAUGGCAAUUACAGAAAUGAAAUGACUCAAGGUUUGAUGCCAUUUUUUUAGUUGUCAUGUUGUGUCUUGUUGUCGUGUCAGCUGCGAGCUCAUCAUUCACAGCACUACGUCAGAGAUUUAUAAUGUUCUGUGUUCACAGAUCACGCAUCCCUCCUGAGGACAGAGGAAAGUACACUUCUUAACCAGGGUAAGGACCACAUCUCUCUCUAAUUUUGUAUGCAAUAAUAAAUGUGAAAAUACAGCAGGCUUGGGUCUGUACAAUAGUGUAAAAGGCAUGAGUCUCAACCUUUGGCUUUGUCCUCUCUCCUCUCUCUUUCCUCUCCCCUCUCUCUUUCCUCUCACCUCUCUCUGCCCGCUGCCGCGCGAAAGAGAGGGACUAGAGUAUUUCAAGGGUGUGCUACGAAUCUCUCCUAAUGCCUCUCUAGUCCGAAUAGGGGAUAAUCCCUCCUAUCUUUUCAGGAAGAAGGGGAGAGAAAGAGGGGGGGAGGUAAAAGGUAGGUGGGAGAAGAGAGGGGUACGCCAAGUCCUAGGGGGAGAGAAGUAUGCGGGGGAGGUCCGGACAGAGAAAACCCCUCUUCUUUCCUCUCCCUCCUUUUCUCCACCUCGCUCAGGGCUUCCAUCUUUUCCGAGACCGGUUUCUCUCCCGCCUCUUCUCCCUCUAGGGGUUUUCCCACAUCUCUGCCUUCCCUAUCUUUCACGUGGAGCUAUUGGCAACGGUUUCGAAGGAAUCUCGUCCGCGGAGAGAUCCGAGUCUUUCCUCUCUCAUCUUCGUUCCCUCCCCUCUCUCUUUCCUCUCUCUUUCCUCUCCCCUCUCUCUUUCCUCUCUCCUCUCUCUUUCCUAUCCCCCUCUCUUUUCCUUUCCCCUCUCUCUUUUUUCCCCCCCUGAAUCCUCUCCCAUUUCUCUCCUUUGCCCCGUUACCUCUCCCUCCUCUUCCCCAGAUGCAUGUUUCCUCAAACAGGACGAGGGAGGUUGUCAGAACUACACUCUGAAGUGGUACUUUGACACGACACAGAGCGAGUGCUCCCGUUUCUGGUAUGGCGGCUGUGGCGGCAACGGUAACCGCUUCGAGACGCAGGAGGCUUGCGAAGGCCUCUGUCUGAGGAGACAGCGUUAAAAGGCACAACUCCACACAUCUAAAACCCUGAAUAGAGCUGAAGGUGUGAACAUCAAAAACAGCACUGUCUGUGUAAAUAACUCUAGGCCUUAUCUUUAGCAUUUAGUUGUUCUCCUUUUGGGUAAAAAUUUAUAUUUUUCUAUUUUAUUCAAGUCUGUUCAAGCAGACCUAAGUAACGAAUUUGAAUCUCAUGUAGUCAUGAAACAAACAUACAUAAGGGCACUGAUGCUUUUGUGAGAAUGACCUUACAGCAAUAAAACAACCUGUAUGACCCCUUGGUGCUAUUUUCCACCAUCAUUUCACAGAUCAACAGCUACCAAACCAACUCAAGCACCACUCCGAUCAUAGCAAGGGUUCUUAAUAAUCCCACUAUGAAAGGCAAUGCACUGUUCACUUCUGGAGCUUGGAUGUGAACCGUAGCUGUAAAUUCAGGUUGUAUGUCAUCCGCUCAGUGUCUGUUUCCUCUAACUUGACCAUUUGGUGCUAAGUGUUGAAAAUAAAACUGCACAAAUUCCUUAGCGGUCAGUUUAUUUUUGAUGCUCUUAUAUUUCCUUAUUUCUUUUUAAAAAACUGCCUAUUGGGUCUAGGGGCUUCAGCCCCAGUAAGCCCAUGCAUUAAUCCUGCCAUGAAUGGAUAUGUGUGUUUUGUUUUGAUAUACAAAUAAAACUUGUGACAGCUUUGAGAAUGUGGACACUGUUCAUGCCAAGGGUUGGUUUCCGUCCUGGUCAUGGCCUGGUUUGUUAACGUUACAACUUUGAGACUAUGAGAGAAGACAAUAGUGCU